AUGCCACCCAAAGGAAGCACGAGAUCUGGGAUAGUGCCAGGUUGCAAAAGCCUAGACAGCAGAAGUCGAGAGGUGGAGGUUGGGUUCGAACCACGAACCUUCCGGUCAAUAAAUCCGCGCCCUAAUCUUUUGAACCACCUCGCCCCACAAAUAAAAAAAAUGCCAAAAUACUCAGUUGGAAUUCGUCGUUCAUCAGUUUCUCCUAGCAGUUUUGGUUUCUCGCAUUUCUAUAACGUUAAAGAGUUGCAUGCACAUUUUGCUGCAUAUUGGUGCCCAUUUCAUAAAGGAAAUUCAACAGGAAGUCUGCGUUCAGUCGAACAAGAAAAAACUACUGCAAAGCAUUUCGAAAAAAUGCCGAGCCACCUCUGUAACGGCUGCCCUCCGGCGAACACCAAUGUGUGUGUGUGUCAAAGACAUUCCCUUCGGUUCAUUGACCACUGGCAACUAGAAGCACCUUUCUCCCAGGGGAAACCACUCACCAGGUUGUUGAAAACUCUUCGACAGCCCAUGGCCUGUUUCACUUUUCUUGGGGCUCAUCAGAAAUACACUCAAUUGCAAAUCAAUUUGGUUUUUACGAGAGACUUGACUGAAUCCAUUGUCUAUGAUAUUCUACAACUGAAUGUGCUGCACACAGGCCGCCUCAUGAUUCAGUUGGCACGAUAUUCGAGAUAUCGCAGUAUAUUUUCAUAA